AUGAAAAACCCGCGAGAGCUCGCCGACCAGUCCAAGCAUUGUCGCUUUCAUGGGCAAAGCGGGCACGACACCGAAGACUGCCGCAAACUGAAACGGCAGAUCGAGGAGCUUGUCCGCAGGGGUCACCUCAGUCGGUACAUCCGACGGAACAGGGAGCCCUCGCCUCGCCCGGAGGGCCCCGUGGAGCGCCACAUCGAUGUCAUCACUGGAGGACCGGCGGCUGGGGGAACCAGUAUGUUCGGGAGGAAGGCAUAUGCCCGUUCCGCCAGGACUGAUGCUCCCCAACGCGGCCCCGACCCCAAGGUCGCAUUCCCUCCCGAGGACGUCAAGCGACCGGAGCAUGACGACGCACUUGUGAUAAUGGCUCGAAUCACUAAUGCCUAG